AUAUCAAAGAAAGAAAAAUAUAUUCUUGAUUCGCGAAUAACAUAUGGAAGUUUUGCUUUUUGGAUUUUUAACUUUUCUCAAACGAAACAAACGAAUUAAAAAAAAGAAAGAAUGGAUGUUGUACAUGCAAUGAAAUUAUAUAUCAAUAAAAUGGUCGAUGAUGCUGGUCCCGGUAUUAAAGCAUUAUUGAUGGAUAAAGAAACGAUCAGUAUCAUCAGUAUUGUUUAUGCACAAUCGGAUAUGCUACAAAAAGAAGUUUAUCUUUUUGAAGCAAUUGAAAAUUAUGUUCCACGACAAGAAUCAUUAAAAUUUGUUAAAUGUAUUGUUUUUGUUCGACCAACCGAAAAAAAUAUUACCUAUUUGAUUCGUGAACUUAAACAUCCACGUUUUUCACAGUAUUUUAUUAAUUUCAAUAAUAUCAUCAGUAAAACCGACAUUAAAGCAUUGGCUGAAGUUGAUGAAUUUGAAGUAGUAAAAGAUGUACAAGAAUUUUAUGCCGAUUAUCUUGCAAUCAAUUCACAUACAUUUUCAUUGAAUGUUAAAUCAUGUUAUCAAAAUGUUAAUCAUUGGAAUCCAAUUUCAUUUCAACGUAUUACACAGGGAAUUAUUUCCAUUCUGUUAUCAAUUAAUCGUUGUCCCUUAAUUCGUUAUCAAUCAUCAUCUGAAAUGGCUAAACGUCUGGCUGAACAAAUACGACAAACAAUCGCUAAGGAAAAUGUUUUAUUCGAUUCAAAUACAUCAACCGAAUCGCAACCAAUCCUGUUGAUAUUGGAUCGUAAAUUUGAUCCAAUAACACCAUUAUUAAAUCAAUGGACAUAUCAGGCAAUGUUACAUGAACUAAUGACUAUUGUUAAUAAUCGUAUUAGUUUAGCUAAUGUACCUGGUAUACAAAAAGAAUUGAAAGAAAUUGUCUUAUCGCAAGAUCAAGAUGAAUUUUAUCAAAAAAAUUUAUAUCUAAAUUAUGGUGAAAUUUGUUCAAAUAUUAAAUGUUUAAUGGAAGAUUUUCAACAAAAAACACAACAACAGAAAAAAAUUGAAACCAUUGCUGAUAUGAAAGCAUUCAUUGAAACUUAUCCACAAUUUAGGAAAAUGUCCGGUACAGUUACUAAACAUGUUACAUUGAUUGAUGAAAUUUGUCGUAUUGUUAAUGCCAAUUCAUUACUGGAAGUAUCGGAAGCUGAACAAGAAUUAAUUUCAACUGGUAAUCAUUCAGAAUCAUUAAAACGAAUACAAUUACUUAUAUCAUCGGAUAAAAUAAGAAAUUGUGAUGCAAUACGUUUAACAUUAUUAUAUGCAUUAACAUUCCAUAAUCAUUCGAAUUGUGAUACACGUGGUUUGUGUCGUUUGUUGGAACGUCGAAAUAUGAAUCCUGGUGAUAUAAAAAUUAUCAAUCAAUUGCUGGAAUUUUGUGGAUUGAAAAACAAACAACAACGUACAAGUGGUGUUGGUGGUGGUAUUGGCAAAAGUACAAUAUCAACUCAAGAACUUCUAACAACAACCGAACAUGUUCGUGCAUUUACGAAAAAAGUAAUCAAAGGAUUUAAAGGUGUUGAAAAUAUCUAUACACAACAUAUACCUGUUAUAAAAGAAUUGAUUGAAGAUUUAAAUCGUUGUCGAUUACGUGAAACAUUAUAUCCAUUUUUAGGUAGUGUACAACAACGUGAACGACCACAAGAAAUAAUUAUAUUUAUUAUUGGUGGUAUUACAUAUGAAGAAUCAUUAACUGUUUAUAAUAUGAAUAGACAAUUACAAGGGAUAAAAAUUUUAUUAGGUGGAUCAAUUAUACAUAAUUCAAAAUCAUUUUUGGAUGAAGUACGUUGUGCUUGUCAAUAUCAUUCUGAAACAUCGAUUAGUAGUAAUACUGGUGCUGGUAGUAAUGUCACGGUUGGUGCAUUAGCAUCAGUUAUUAAUAAAAUUGAAAAUCUUUAAAUUUUAUUAUUAUAAUUUUUAAAAAAAUAAGAAAAUAAAAUUAUUUAUUUUUUUUCA